GAAGUGAAGGACCGGAAGUAGUAUGUCGUCUUUGUAACGGUCGAAGUAGCGGCACUUUUAAAUACACGAGAGACAUCAACUUGUGGCAGACGGAACUUUCCUGGUUUCUUCACGCCAAGAAGAGACUAUCUUAACCAACACGAUGCCGAGGACAGGCCGUAUCACACGGAAGGUCACGACUGGAGUUUCACGCCGUUUAACUUCUUGCGUGGGACUCUCCGUGUGGCCGCAUGUUGGGACGGGAGCCUGCGGGGAUGCUAACGGCCGCUCACUGGACAGCGACACAAGGCAGCUCAUUAGCCGCUUUCUCAGCGACUUCACUGGGCUGUCCAAGGCGAGCUGGACGCCAAGCAAAGUCCAGACUUUGACAAAAAGGGUGGUGACAAACCUGGUGGACAAGCACAGGUUCGUCUACAAUGGCAUCAUCCAGCAGCUGUCAUUGGACCAAAGAGGCAACGACAUGGCCUUCGUCAGCGAAGUGUCCCAGAGUAUGUUUGCAGACGGCAUCACCAACUGGGGUCGCAUCGCCAGCCUGAUGGCCUUUGGAGCCGUGGUGUCUCUGUACCUGAAGGAGAAGGGGCGAGUGUGCUGUGUGGAGAUGGUGGCCCAGGAGAUCUCCUCCUACCUGCUCUCACACCAGCGCAUGUGGCUGGUGGAGCACAACUCCUGGGACGGCUUUGUGGAAUUCUUCCAGGAAGCUGAUCCCGAGUGUGCUGUGAUCAACUCCCUCCUGACCUUUGUUGGAAUGGCCAGUAUUGCUGCUGUGCUGCUCCUUUGGCUGCGGUAAACUCUGACACUUUUAUCGCCUCAUUUGGACUUUUUACAUGAGGAAAAUAGUUUGACAAUCCAUGUGCAACAAUGUUUGCGUUCAGUUUGCACUAAAUCUAACUUAAUACAAGAUGUAUUCUCAGAAUGUUUCAAAAUGACUGUUUUACAAAAGCACACCAUUGUUUAUUUUUUUCAUUUCACAUUAUUUUUGUUUGACCAAAUUCAUCUUUGCACUGAAGCUAAUGUGGUUUAAGAUUUAUUUGACAAAAGAACAGCACUUGUUCUCUGUUCAUUGCACCUUAUAUUUAUUGUUUUAAAGGUAUUUGCACUGAAGCUAACUUGAUCUUUUAUUCACAGUGUAUUUCUAAUGAAAGUCUAUUUUAAAAUUGAAAUGUGCUCAAUAUUACUGUGAGUUUCCCUCUUAAUGUGAAUGAAUGAAUAAACUAUGAAAAUGAAA